AUGGCGUCUACUGUGGACGAUUUCAAAAUCGCUGGCAUUGCGGCCGGGUUUACCCUCGGCUUUGGCUUUCUCACCGUCUGGAAGGCUAUCAAGCAGACAAGAUCGAUCAAAGUGCCUCAUCGCAGCACCUACGUGUAUCUCAUCUGGGGAGAGGUGCUUUCGAACGUCUGUAUCGGAAUCGUGGGGUGGCUGUUUCUCGAAGGGAUAAUACCGGAUGGCGUCCCCGUGUUGUUCUCGCUUUUGUUCUUCUGGGUCUUUGAGAUCCAGCUGCUGAUGCAGAUCAUCAUCAAUCGAAUCUACGUCGUGGCCGAAAAGCAGGAAAUAGUCACCAAGUUCAAGUGGAUUACGGCUGGUGUCAUCACUGCUAUUAACAUUGCUGUCUUCUGCAUCUGGAUUCCAGCUCAUUUGAACCCGCCCGUCUCUCAUCUCUACGUCGAAAUCAACAAAUACUGGGACCGAACGUCCAAAGUACUCAUCUGCAUUGUCGAUGCUGCCCUGAACAUCUGGUUCCUUCACAUCGUCAAGCAGCGCUUGGUGCGAUAUCAUGGCUUGAGGAAGUAUGAGCCUCUGGUGCGAUUUAAUUCCCGUCUGAUUGUUGUGUCCGUUUCCAUGGAUUUCCAUCCUGUGACGUAUAUGGUCAAGCUGAACAUCGAAAUGACCAUGGCGUCUCUUAUUACCAAGAUUGCCCGGGGGUCUGGCGUUGUAGAUAGUCGUCCGCCGGUGCCUCGUCACUUUGGCCCAACCAACUAUGGAAUGAAAAGGAAACUAAACAAAGAUAUCGAACUACAAGUCCCGGAUCAAUCUAGCACUCACAUCCAUAAAGACACCACAGUUCGCGUCACAAUCCAGAAGACGGCCAGCGGUGAUACGGCGACGCAGGUCCCCCUUGAAUCAGCCGAGGGUCAAGCGCCAUGGCUCUACUGUUUCUCUCGACAGACCAACGAUAGGCGUCUUCGUGAACAGAUUCCUGUGAAGCAUCCGCGUUAG